AGUAUUUACUGGGACUGGUCUACUCCAAUCGGACUCUGCCACGCACAAUACGGUUUUUUAGCAUCCCUCUGCGACCUGAGCCAUCUCUGGUCUCUGCAUCCAGAAUUUAAGGCCUAGGGCGUUUCGGCUUCCAGUCAUAAUCGAAAAUAAAAGAGCUUGGUCUGGGUUGUCAUUUUUCAUGUGAUGAAUGCUGAAAUGCAGUGAACCGUUUUGGGCCGCUUUCAUAUUUAUACUUGAUCAUCGGUGGGUUUUGGUCAUCUCAUUCAGUCAUUUGUAAUAACUGUUUCUUGUUGAUUUCAGUCUUUUGUGAUGAGUACAAUUGGGGGUAAGUGGGAUGAUGAUGAGUGCUCUGUCAUUGGAGACAAAGGGGAUAUCGGGUUCAUCGAUUUCAAAGAUGACAAAUCGGUUUGUAGUUACAACCCAGCUGAAGAGGGUCCGAUUGUUAUUUCAGUCCCAUUCCCUCUUGUGGGAGGAAAGCAAGGUCAAAAGCCUCGAUCAGUAGUUGUAGGAGAAACAGUUUCGGAUCAAAUAACAAUUGAGAACACCACCCGUAAGCCAGUGGAGCUAUGGGGUGUUAAAAUUUAUGCCUCAACUCCAGAGGACUCUUUCACACUUUCUCUGAUGGAGCCUCCAAAGAAAGACUCUGGUGUAGAGGCCAUUAGAUCCUUCCUCGAGUCUGCUUCCCUCGAGGACAGAGUGCUGCAACCAGGAGACACUUUGACUGUGUGGCUGUCUUGCAAGCCCAAUGAAAUUGGUAUGCACACCAGCGUUGUGCAGUUUGAUUUCGAGGAUAAUCAGAUUGAACGUGCUGUUUUUCUCUUGGCUGAUGACAAAAUCUCCCAAUCUCUGGCCUCAACAAGACCAUUCGAAAGACGCACUAAAAAGAAACCAAUUGUUGUGGAUUCCUAUCAUGUGGCUGUAAGCCCUAGUAGAAAAACAAAACGCCUACCCUACAAAAAUAGGCUUCCGCGAUAUGACAUUCCAAAGGAACUUAGGGAUUACCUCUUGAGCGGGCACGAUCCUGAAUGUGUUACAGAAGGUCUUAAGAGGCGGAACUAUGCUGAUCACUUCAAGACUUUACUGAUGAUGGAGGAAAUACAGUUAGAGGAAAGCAUGAGAAGUUAUGAUAUGGAAUAUGUUAGUUUGAGGAGGAGGGGAUAUCAUUAUUUGUCCCUUGAAGUCCCAGGGCUUGCUGAGAGAAGGCCUUCACUUGUCCAAGGGGAUCAUGUUUUCGCCAAGCUUUCUGAGUAUGCAGAUGACACAACACUUAAUCCAUAUCAGGGUUUCAUUCACCAUGUAGAGGCUGAUGAAGUUUACUUGAAGUUUGCGCAAGAUUUUCACAGUGACCACAGAGACGGUAAUCUUUAUAAUGUGCAAUUCACAUAUAAUCGAGUUUCCAUGAGAAGGUUAUAUCAAGCGACUGAUGCUGCUGCAGAGUUAGACAGAGGGUUCCUAUUUCCAUCUGAGUCCCCUCAAAGAUGGAUUAAUGCCCCAAAACUGUACCCUAUACCUUCUUGUAGACUUAAUGAAGAGCAGAUGCGUGCAGUUGAGAUGAUCCUUGGCUGCAAAGGAGGACCACCUUAUGUGAUUCAUGGACCUCCUGGCACAGGCAAGACAAUGACAAUAGUGGAAGCAAUCCUCCAACUCUACAAAAGUCAAGCAAAAGCUCGAGUUCUUGUUUGUGCACCUUCAAAUAGUGCAGCAGACCACAUCCUCGAGAAACUCCUCAAUGAAAAGGCUGACGUAGUAGUUAAAGAACAUGAAAUAUUCAGGCUUAAUGCACCUACCCGUCCUUAUGAAGAUAUCAAGCCUGAUUAUAUUAAAUUUUGCUCCUUCGAGGACAAUAUCUUCAACUGUCCUCCACCCAAAGCCCUCAGGCGCUAUAGGAUCAUCAUAUCAACCUAUAUGAGUGCCGCUCUUCUUUAUGCAGAAGGUAUCGAAAAAGGCCACUUCUCUCAUAUUUUCUUGGAUGAGGCAGGACAAGCUUCAGAACCAGAAACCAUGAUCCCAGUAGCUAGUCUGCAUGAGAGGAAUACAGUUGUUGUUCUUGCUGGAGACCCUAUGCAAUUAGGGCCGAUCAUAAACUCCAAGAAAGCAGAAGAUUACUAUUUGGGGAUAUCAUACUUGGAGAGGAUGUUCGACUGUGAAUUUUAUAGAAAUGAAGAUUACAGUUACGUGACAAAGUUGGUUAGAAAUUACAGAUGUCACCCAGACAUUUUGCAUCUCCCCAAUGAGUUAUUCUAUGGAGGAGAGUUGAUUGCUUGUAAAGAUGACUCAGUUUCCAUCAUUACAAGGCUGGACUUUCUUCCGAAUAAGGACUUCCCCGUGGUUUUCUUUGGCAUUCAAGGUUGUGAUGAGAGGGAGGGAAACAAUCCAUCAUGGUUUAACCGGACUGAAGCUAGUAAGGUAGUGGAGGUCACUAAGAGAUUGACUGCAGGAAAGAACCUGAGUGAAGAAGAUAUUGGGGUUAUAACUCCUUACCGACAGCAAGUGCUCAAAGUGAAGAAAGCUUUUGAAGAUUUGGACAUGCCUGACAUCAAGGUUGGAAGUGUCGAGCAGUUUCAGGGACAGGAGAGGGAAGUUAUCAUAAUAUCAACUGUGCGAUCAACAAUCAAGCACAAUGAAUUUGACAGAACAUACUGUUUGGGAUUUCUGAGCAAUCCAAAACGGUUUAAUGUGGCUAUUACUCGUGCCAAAUCUUUGCUGAUUAUAAUUGGGAACCCACAUAUUAUCAGCAAGGAUCCCAACUGGAAUAAGCUUCUGUGGCGCUGUGUAGACAACAAUUCCUAUCAGGGUUGUAAUCUCCCUGUCAGGCAGGAGGAAUUUUCUUAUGAGAACCCAACACAGGAAGAUAACUGGGACAACAGUGAAGAAAACGCUCAGUUCUCUAGAACUGAUUCAUGGGUUCAAGGAUCGUGGGAUGCAGAAGCUCCGCAACCUAUCCAGAACGGAGAUGGAGCUGAACAGUGGCUGGAAACAGAAGUUCCUCAGCCUGUCGUUGAUGAAUCUGAAUGGUCUGAUGGCUGGAAGUAAACGCUGAGUUUCUAGCUGGAACUGUAUUUUCUUCUUUUCGGGUGAAGCAUCAACUUAUGGCUAUAGAUGUAGCCGAGUGUCUAAGUGGGAUUCGUAUAGAUAAUCCCAAGGACUUCAUGACAGUUGAUUUGCUAAUGUAUUGCUGAUGAAGUUACAUAUGUUUGCCAUAAAGAUUGUUCUCCUAUUACUACAGAGAAAUGAGUGUGGAUUUCACUUGAUGAUAUGCUAUAUUGAGUUGGGAUUGA